CCAACCAGAGACCGUCUGGGGAAGGAGCCCGCAGACUGUGAGGAGGAUGAACUGGGCCUCAUCCUGAAGGAAGAGCUGCCAGGACCCAGCAAGUUCGACAUCUACGAGUUCCACUUCUCCGACCUGGAGUGCACCGAGCUGGAGCUGGUCAAAUGUGGCAUCCAGAUGUACUAUGAGCUGGGCGUGGUCCGCAAGUUCCAGAUCCCCCAGGAGGUCCUGGUGCGGUUCCUGUUCUCCGUCAGCAAAGCCUAUCGCAGGAUCACCUACCACAACUGGCGCCACGGCUUCAACGUGGCCCAGACCAUGUUCACGCUGCUCAUGACGGGCAAGCUAAAGAGCUACUACACUGACCUGGAGGCCUUCGCCAUGGUGACAGCCGGCCUGUGCCAUGACAUCGACCACCGCGGCACCAACAACCUGUACCAGAUGAAGUCCCAGAACCCCUUGGCCAAGCUCCACGGCUCCUCGAUCCUGGAACGGCACCACCUGGAGUUUGGGAAGUUCCUUCUGUCCGAGGAGAGCCUCAACAUCUACCAGAACCUGAACCGGCGGCAGCACGAGCACGUGAUCCACCUCAUGGACAUCGCCAUCAUCGCCACCGACCUGGCGCUCUACUUCAAGAAGAGGACAAUGUUCCAGAAGAUCGUGGACGAGUCUAAGAACUACGAGGACAAGAAGAGCUGGGUGGAGUACCUGUCGCUGGAGACCACGCGGAAGGAGAUCGUCAUGGCCAUGAUGAUGACGGCCUGUGACCUGUCCGCCAUCACCAAGCCCUGGGAAGUCCAGAGCAAGGUGGCUCUUCUGGUCGCUGCUGAGUUCUGGGAACAAGGAGACUUGGAAAGGACCGUCCUGGACCAGCAGCCCAUUCCCAUGAUGGACCGGAACAAGGCGGCCGAGCUCCCCAAGCUGCAAGUCGGCUUCAUCGACUUUGUGUGCACGUUUGUAUACAAGGAGUUCUCGCGGUUCCACGAGGAGAUCCUGCCUAUGUUUGACCGACUGCAGAACAACAGGAAGGAGUGGAAGGCGCUGGCGGACGAGUACGAGGCCAAAGUGAAGGCCCUGGAGGAGGAGAAGAAGAAGGAGGAGGACCGGGUGGCCCCCAAGAAAGGUGGCACAGAGAUCUGCAACGGGGGCCCGGCCCCCAAGUCUUCCACCUGCUGCAUCCUCUGAGCCGCGCCCGGGACCUGGCCUGGGACCUGCAGAGCCCCCAGCUCCGUGUCUGGCCGUCUGGUGUCAGGUUAGGACGCCAGAGGAAGCAGCGUUGAACUGCUCCAAGAUUUGUGUUUUCACAAACCUAAGCCAGAUGUGACUUGUAAAGUGGACGCAGCCGCGGGAGGCCCGGAAGGGCCUGCACCUGUCCGAGUGCGCGCAGGAGGCCGGCGCACGGAGGCCGCCUCUCUGGGCGUAGACCAAGCAGAUCCAGAAUAAAGUCAGAGAAACCGA